AUGCCGUCUCACAAUUUCAUCGACGUGCGCACCAUCGUCGAUGGCUCUCCACUGAUAGAGUAUUCAGCCCCAGGAGAUGGCGAUGAGCGAGAUCGCACUCUCACCCAAUAUGUGGAGGUGGGGCCCGACCAGAAGUUCGGUGUCCAAAUCACGCUUCAGCCUGGCUUCGACUUCCAGAAGGCAGACUAUGUGAACUACGGUUUCUACCUGGACAACUCCUCGGGCCGUCAUUAUCAUGCGUUUUCGAAAUGCAAAGCAUCCCAUAGCGAUGGUGUUCUCCUCAGUAAGAUGCAAUGUCUAAGGGACAGAUUCCGAUUGAAGGAUGACAUGUCCGGAGUAUGGAAACAUUGCUCCUACGUGUUUGGUAGCUUGGGCAUGAAUGAAUCGACAGCUACAGCUACUUUGACUCCGGCUCAGUUGGAAAACAUUGGAUCUAUUCGUGUGGCUGUAUACCGCGCCAACCGGAGUAAACGGGCUAUCCCCAAGGUCCAUGAAGGAAAGAUGCCGCAAGUGCUCGAUGAGGUCUCGGAGAAGAGCCUCAAGGGCAAGGCAAUCGACAAUAACAUCAAGUACACCAACGGCAUUCCAACCAACCCACCAAGUCCCAUUAUAUACUCUUACGAUCGGAUUUCGGGUGAGGCUGGCACACCUUAUCAGUUCAAUCUGCUCUAUCGGUCCAGAAAAAUUCUUCAAAGCCUCGGAUGCAUCCCACGCAGCCCGUCUCCUCCACCAGACCAGAGCCGGAUGCUAGAGAGAACUGAAGAAAUGUUGCAGCUCGCCAAACGUCAAGCGAGGGAAACGAAUCUCGAGCUCUUGCGCCUGCGCAGUGAACUCGCCGAAGAAAGACUGCGAAGUCGAAGCGCAAGCGUGCAACACAGCACUAACUCCGCUCUCUCGACCGUUGCAAGCUCGCCAUCUAGUCUCACCAAGUGCCGUGAUAGCAGUGUCAAGAAAGAGGCCAGUACGUACCAAAUUGAUCUCACCAACCCUUCCACCGAGCGCGAAACGAGCAUCAACAGCCCUGGAUCUUCAGCUACCUUCGCCUCUCCCCGAUCUGUCCGUCCAACACCUCCUCUCUUCGCCACCCCAACGGGAUCAAUCAAGCCAAAGAACGAAGAAGCCGACGAGGCCACACCUCCACCUAGCACAGCAACGAGGGCCAAAGUGGGCGAAGCUACGGAGAAAGCAAAUCGACCACCGUCAGCCGGUCUUGAAACCCAGGAGCCGAGCACGACAGGAAGAAAGCGCAAGAGAGGCGAGGAGGGCAAUGAGGCAGACAACCACUUGAUCGAGCUACCGCCCAGCCCCGACCAACCGAGAAUUUCCGAGAUCAUUGACCUGACAGACGACUGA